CAGCUGAUGCUUUACGCGAAGGACCUCUAGUGGAGAAUAUGGUAUAUAACACAACUAAAAGUGCAUAAUUUAUUGAGUGAUCAGCUGUGUUUUGAAAAACUUUUGUAAAUUUUGUUUAAAGAAAAAAAGAAACAUAAUCAUAGAUUGGACAGUAUUUUCUACAGUUUCAUUGAAAUAUGACUACGGCUGCAAGACCAACUUUUGAGCCUGCUAGAGGAGGACAAGGACGUGGUGAAAAGGAUUUAAGUGCAAUAUCAAAACAAUACAGUAGUAGAGACUUACCGUCUCAUACAAAGUUAAAAUACAGAGAGCAUGGACAAGGAACAAUUGAAGAAUUGCGAAAUCGUGAUUUUCGCAAGGAAUUGGAAGACCGUGAACGUGAAAGAGAAAAAGACAAAAGUUCCAAUCGACGCAUGAUAGAACCAGCUAGAGAAACUUCCACGACAAGUGCUAAAAGACAAAAAAUUGAUCAAGUUCCAACAGCUAGUUUAGACGCAGAUGAUCCAUUAGAUGAUGAUGAUUCAGAUUCUGAAAGUGAUGAAGAUGAUACUGCUGCUCUUUUAGCUGAGCUACAACGUAUCAAGAAAGAAAGAGCUGCAGAGCAGGCUAAAAAGGAAAUGGAGAAAAGGCAAGAAGAAGAAAGAAUAAGAAUGGAAAAUAUUCUUUCUGGUAAUCCUCUGUUAAAUUAUUCUUCUCAAAGUGCUCGAACGGACAUGAAAGUUAGGCGACGGUGGGACGACGAUGUCGUGUUCAAGAACUGUGCCCGUUCCGAACCAAAAAAGAAGCACGACGUAUUUAUAAAUGAUUCAUUAAGAAGUGAAUUUCAUCGUAAAUUUAUGGAAAAAUACGUAAAGUAAACGGUCACCAUUAAAAGCACAUUACGGUUGUACAUAGUUUUAAGUUACUUUACAAAACUUCUAACUCUCCAUUGACAAAAGUAUAGCAGUGUUCUCACGGAUCUACACAUAUUAUGAAAGACAAUUCUUCUCGCCAUGUUUAAAUAGCGUCUUAUUGCUAGAUACAUGUAUGUAUGUUCACGCUACCAUAAGUGUAUCGUCCAAUUAUAAAAACUAUUUUAUAAUGACCACGAAACCCGUUCAAUUAAACAGAAAUAUUCCAACCGUUUUUUCGUUUAAAUCAAUAAGUGAUACAUAUUUUCUGCUCCAAAGUAUCCUAACGUGGACAAAUAUCUAAUUCCUCGUAUUCCUCGCGUGAUCUCCUGCGCAACGGGGUCUGCUUUGGGUCCCCAUUCGUAAGGGUCGCUCUAAUAACUAUAGAAAAAAGUCGUUAACUUCUUCGUAUGUAAAAAUAAGCGUAAAAAUAUUCGAAUGCGAGGAGGAAAGAGUGGGAUGAAGCGGAUUGAGGUAACGUGUAUCGGUCCGGUUAGUUAUGUGUAUAUGUGUGGCAGCGAAUGAAUAAGUGAGAGAGGAGGGGGAAACGGCAAGCAAGAGAGGAGAGCGUGCUGGAGUUUGUCCAGACAAUGUAGGUACGUGUUUCGGUAGCGGUGCGAUCUGGCCUCGGCGGUGGUGGUGCUGGCGGCGGCAAGCGCGUGUAAACCGCUGGGUCAAGUAUAACCGGUCCCAGAGUUCCCGGAGCAGCCGGAGGCAGCAAGCAGUCUACCGGUGCGACACGCAGCUGGUUAUCGCCGGUAGACUCCCUGGCACCGACCUGGCCAACUAACGCAACAGGGACACACAAGGGACCGACCCGACUCGACGAGGAGAGAAAGAGAAAAAGAGAGACGCCCGUUCACCGGUAGAUCGCUUGGAGAUGAUUUCUGGGAAGAGAUAUGUCGUAUGUUACGGUAUGACUGAUCGGUACUUCGCGCGUCUGAAUUUGUCAUCUGCCGCUGACUAUUCUACCCCAUUUUCCCAGACUUUCGAAUUAGUUGCGGCCUUUAAUUAUCUGAUUAUUCGGGUCUGUGUAGCCUGAACAAAUAACUUUGUACAGUGUAGUUUUGGAGCAGAUAUCCAAUAGUGAAUUUGUCUGGUUUUUAAAUAUUUUUAUGUUUUUAUAUGUUGUGUACGGACUGAAGGAAAUACUGAAACAUUUUAUUGCUAAUCGUUUCCCGUUGCCGAAACACUUUGUUUAGAUUGAAGCAAUUCUUUGCGAAGGACAUAAUGUAAACUAUUUGUUUUUGGAGUUGAAUAAUUAAGAAUUUUUAUUCAAGCUACAAGAUAAUUUGGAAAUGAAUUUUUGGUGUGAACAAAGUAUUGUUUGUAACUUCGUUUGACUUUGCCACUGCUUUAUAAAAAUUCGACUCAUGUGUAUAGACAUUUUAUUGUUGCUACCGGUAAAAGAACUUUUUACAACAAUUUUGUACGAAAAAUAUUAUUAAAUAUUAAAUUAGAAACUAUUAAAAAUGAUUAAAAACUAUUAAAAUAUAUUAAAAAAUAUUCAAAACUAUUCAAAACUAUUCAAAACUAUCAAAAACAAUUAAAAACUAGCUAUUAAAAAGUUGUUCUUUGUUCUUACAAUGAGUAUAUAGCUUUGUUCUUUAUAUGACUUGAAUUUUUUAUCAAACGAAUAUUCAUGUCUUAAUUGUUUCAUAAGAAGACAUAGAGACUGGAAAUUUAUAAUGGAAUGAUAACGAAAGGAAAAUUUCCUUAAAUGUUCCUUAAAUUGUGCAGUAGACAUUUCUUUGUAAAGUGAUAGUACUUUGCUCGAUUCGUAAAUGUACUGUUUAGAAGGAGGAAAGAAAAGCAAAUUAACAGAGCUGUCUACUUCAUCUGUUAAACUUACCGAGUUACAUAAUGGUAUGCGAGACUCGUGACAACUUAAGAGUUCAGUCAGCCGCAAGGUGAAAACGAGGUAGUUUCGUACUUUUCCACGCAGUCAUUGAUUCCUUCAGUGUAGAAGUUGAAUUUGAUUUACCAAGAGAAAGUAUAGUAUUUAUUAAACUGAAAAGAAAUCAAAACUAGCAAUGAUAACAAUUGAACGUGUGCUCAAGGUUUCCAAGUGUAUAUUUAGAAUAUUUUCAUAAGUAAAGGAGCAUUCGUAGAAAAUUGUAAUUAUCAUAGAGAAUCAUAGGUAUUCUAGUUUUCAAGUAAUUUGACAUGGUUUUAGCAGUUUGGAAACGUUUAAUAGAAUAUUUAUUUUUGUAGAUCAUUAAGGGGAGUCCCAGAACUAGAAACUCUGUGGUGUAAAUUAUCUAUUUAUGUAAAUGCUUCGAACAUAUUGUUAAUAGAAAAUCACGUGAACGUUUUCUGUCUUUUGUCAUUCGAUGAAGGAAUUUUGAAACUCGAUAAAAGAACUCUAUGAAAGUUUCUCGUAAAUUUCCUGUACGGGUUUUAAGAUUAAGGUUUUAAUUUCUAAGAUUUAGAUUUUUUAAAUUUCUACACAUAAAAUGAACUGACAAGAUUUGAUUUUUUAAACUUUGGAAUACUUUACAUUUACCUUUUAUUUAAGAAUAUUACGUCAAAGAAAUAAGUGAAUUUCAAUUUGGAAAUAUCAGUAGAUUUAUGAAAAUGAUUCUUCAAAAUGUAUAGACUUUCAUUAACUUUCGACUUUAAAUUGUCCAAUUGCUAGUUGAAUAGAGUUAAAUUUUAAGUUUACUUCUUCUUAACUUAUUUUAUAAAUAAUUUUAUAAGUAGACGUGUAUUUUACAGCAAGGCACACAUCUAGGAGAGUUAAUUCCAAGCUCAGAUUUUGGAAAUAUUUUUUUACCUAAAGUUUUAAGAACCUCGAUCAGAAAACUGAGAUUGGAACAGAUCUCAUGAACGUUACGGUCCAGAUAAAAUAUAGUUUUCACAGAAUUUACGGUCUUGUAACCAAAAAUGAAAUCUUUUGCAGAACAUUACGAUCUGAAUACCAUACUUGCGGAAUUAUGGUCAGAAACGUGACCGGAAAGGAAAGUCUCAUGGUACAUUACGAUCAGAAUUUUGGUCCUCUCACAAUUACGGUCUGUGAGAGAUGGCCGUAAUGUAACCGGUUAUGUGCUUCGGUUUCAAUUUCGGUGUCGAUCCUCGGACAUUCAACAACAACAGCUGUAAUUUGCACCUUGCCCUUUACAUACUUGUGCAAACUAUUAUGUCAAAAUGAAGAUAAUUUUCUCACAUUGUUGCCUACUGAAAAAUAAAACAGUCGCAUUCGAAAAUACCAUUCUUAUACAAGUAUUUGUAGUGUAGAAACUUUACAAUAGUAGUUUGUAUACUUUGUUUAUUUGUAUAAU